ACACACCUCCCGACAAUUUCCUUUCCCUUCCGCUCGCUGACGAUGGUGGUGUCGCGGGCCAUUCUCAACCGUGCCCUCCGGUCUGCUCGUCCCACGUCAUUGCGUGGCCUUGCGACUGUUCACAACCCUGGCCCUUUUACUGAAAUUUCGCGGCUUUCGAAUGGCCUGACGGUUGCGACCGAAUCACAUCCUCACGCCCAGACAGCUACCGUUGGCGUCUGGAUAGAUGCAGGCUCUCGGGCAGAGACUGACGCUACCAACGGUACCGCCCACUUCUUGGAGCACAUGGCAUUCAAGGGCACCGGCAAACGGACACAGCAUGGUCUCGAGCUCGAAGUAGAGAACAUUGGCGCUCACCUGAAUGCCUACACCUCCCGCGAACAGACCGUUUACUACGCCAAAAGCUUCCGCAAAGACGUACCUGUCGCUGUCGACAUCAUCAGCGACAUUCUCCAAAACUCGAAGCUCGAGGCGGGUGCUAUUGAGCGCGAGCGGGAUGUCAUCUUGCGGGAGCAACAGGAGGUCGACAAACAAAUGGAAGAGGUCGUUUUCGAUCAUUUACAUUCCGUUGCUUUCCAACGUCAACCGCUUGGACGUACUAUUCUUGGGCCAAAAGCUAACAUCCUUUCCAUCAAACGCGACGACCUGGAUGCCUACAUCAAGACCAACUACGCAGCCGACCGCAUGGUUCUCGUUGGCGCUGGUGGUGUUGACCAUGGCGAACUUGUCAAGCUCGCUGAAAAGCACUUUUCUGGACUCCCUACCUCCCCCACUCCCAUUCGUCUCGGCACUUCUUCGCAACCAAAACCGUCAUUUGUUGGUUCCGAAGUCCGUCUUCGAGAUGACGAGCUGGGUCUUGCCCAUAUUGCCAUUGCUGUGGAGGGUGUGGGCUGGUCAUCACCCGACUACUUCCCUAUGAUGGUCCUCCAAAGCAUCUUCGGCAACUGGGAUCGCUCUCUUGGUUCUGCUCCUCAUCUCUCUUCCCGACUUUCAAGCAUAAUUUCUUCAAACAACCUCGCUAACUCAUUCAUGAGCUUCAGCACGAGUUACUCCGACACAGGCUUGUGGGGAAUCUACCUUGUCAGUGAGAACCUGAUGAACCUUGACGAUCUUUCCCACUUCACCCUCCGCGAAUGGGCACGGAUGAGCAUAUCACCCACCAGUGUCGAGGUUGAGCGCGCCAAGAGCCAGCUUAAGGCCGGUCUGCUUCUUGGGUUGGAUGGUACGACUGCAAUUGCGGAAGAUAUUGGCCGCCAGAUUGUGACUACUGGUCGUCGUAUGUCGCCCCAACAAACCGAACAGGCUGUGGAUGCGGUCACCGUUGACGACAUCAUCCGCGUUGCCAAAAAAUACUUGUGGGACAAAGAUAUUGCCAUGGCUGCUAUUGGAAACAUCGACGGUCUCUUAGAUUACAACCGUAUUCGUACCGACAUGUCGCGCAUGACGGUGUAG